UGUCUAUCACUGGGGAUGUCACGGGAAGCUGUAAAAUUUGGGCGGAUGUCAAAAACUCAGCAUGCGAUUUUGCAAGCAGAAGUGCAGAAGUAUCUCCUUAGGAAGCAGAGGACAGAGCCCUCUAGUGCAACAUGCUGCAGUGACCCCCCACUGCCACAUGCAUUAUUGGCUUCCUCUCCUGACUUGUCUAAGACUCUCCCUCAAACUUCCUCUCCAUGGAGUGGACGUAGUAGGUGGGACAGCUCUUGCUCCGUGCAGCCCUGUCCACUGUCCAGACCAGAGAAGGAUCAACCCAUCUUCCAGCCUCAUGCCUCUGAGAAGUCACAGACAGACCUGAUUUUGACUAGUUACUUCAGAGACCAGCCACUUCACAUGGAAACCGCAAGGCCAAGUGUAUUCCACAGGUUACUCCCUAACCAGAGCCUAGAGUCUUACUGCACCUUCAACCAUGCCAACUGCCAAAUUCCUGAGUCCAUGAUGUCUCUUGCAGAACUAGAGCUCCUUACUCAGAAUGUGCUGUUUGCUCACCGAACAACAUGCCAGUUUCGGCAGGAAGAGCUACACAUUCUACGCUGGGAAAUGUUCUCCUCAAUUGAAGUGCAUAGCAUCCAACAAAAGCCUAUGGAUCAGAUGUGGGAACUCUGUGUCUGUCAACUCACAGACGCCAUUCAGUAUAUUGUGGAAUUCGCCAAACGCCUCAGUGGUUUUAUGGAACUGAAUCCAAAUGACCAGAUUGUACUUCUGAAGGCUGGGGUCAUGGAACUGCUUCUGAUUAGGAUGAGCCAAGCCUUCAAUUGUCACAACAGCACCGUCUUUUUUGAGAGAAAAUAUGCCAAUCUGGAUAUGUUCCAAACUUUGGGCUGCAACGAUCUCAUCAGUUCCAUGUUUGAUCUGUGCCAUUACUUAGGCUCACUCAACUUGUCAGAUCAAGAAAUAGCAUUCUUCAGUGCCACACUCCUCCUCGAUCCAAAUCGCCCAUGGCUGCAAGAUAAGCCAAAAGUUGAGAUUCUUCAUAGGAAAUUGGAGUUGUCCUUCAGAUACCUACUCCAAAAAACUAAUCGAGAAAGCCUCUUGUCCAAGUUGCCAUUAAAAGAAAAACUACAAAACAUCUGCCAGCUGCACAUGGAAAAGCUAAACACCUUUCAGCAAAUGUACCCGGGCAUUGUGAGAGAGAGAUUUCCUGCCCUCUACAGGGAACUCUUUGUCUCGGAACCGGAGAACGCAUGAAGAAAGAAGUGGCGCUAAACAGCAAAGGGUCUAAUGCAUAACCCUCCUGUAGAUUUGUAGUCAUUAUCCCUGCUAGAAAAAACUACAAAUUAUUCAAAAAGUUCACCCUACAUUUCACCUUUUCUUUUAAAAAAAGGGCAUCAGGGAAAACAGAUGUAAUAAAUUAAUUCACUUUAUGAAUCUUUGGCAUUAAUAGUGGCUCUAUGAUCAUUAGAUCAUUAAAAUGUAAGCAUCCCCCCCAGAACAAGACAUUUUUUAUGAGUUUUACAGUGCAUGACUCACUGAUGUUGUACAAGGGCCUAAGCUAACUUCAAGGAACCACUGCUUUGGACACGUGAAGGGGUUGUGCUUAGGGUUAUUUUAUGUUAUUGCUUCAGAUAAGCUACAAACAAUUUGCAUUUUGUUAUUUAAUAAACACUGUUUGAAAACACAA